AUGUCGACGCUUGUGAAGGACAAAUAUGAUCUAAGAGGACUGUGCUGUACAAAAUCAGGAGACAUCCUGGCCUGCACAGGCCCUGGUGAUACAGCUAGAGUUGUCCGAUACAGAAGCAGCGGAGAGAAGAUUCAGGAGAUCAUGUACGACCACAACGGUAAGAAGCUUUAUAGUAAUUCACGGUGUGUCUGUGAGAACAUUAACGGGGAUGUAUGUGUGGCUGACUUGUCAGGUCCUGAUAAACUGGUAGUGGUCAACAUGGAUGGAGAAUUCCGAUUUCACUAUGACGGGAAAACUGGGCAUCUGAGAAAGAAGACCUUUACGCCGUGUGAGAUAGCCACUGACAGUCUGGGACACAUCUUGAUCUCGGAUUAUAUGAAUAAUGUCCUGCAUCUAAUCAGCAAGGACGGGGAAUUCAUCUCUUUCCUUUUUAUACCGGAUGUUCUCGGUCCAUAUGGACUAUCCAUCGACAAGUCGGACAACCUGUGGUUAGGGGAAAGCCAAAAAUCUUGUGUCAAAAUAUAUAAGUUUUUAGGCUGA